AUGUCUUCAUCUCCACGGAAAAAUCUCCUCAUCACGGGCGCCACGGGCAAGCAGGGCGGCGCUGUUGUUGCCAGCAUACUCGCCUGCGAGCAAGCCUCCUCGUUCAACAUCAUUGGCGUGACCCGCGACAGCACCAGCAAUGGGGCGAAAAAGCUAGCUUCCCUCCCCGGCGUGUCAGUGGUCGAGGGCAGCUUUUCCGAUAUUCCAGCCAUCUUCGCCAAGGUCGGUCCCGUCUGGGGUGUCUUCAGCGUCCAAGUUAACUCCGACGACGAAGAACGAUCCGGCAAGGCCAUGGUCGAUGCCGCUGUCUCACACGGCGUCCAGCACUUUGUCUACUCUUCUGGCGACCGUGGCGGCCCCGAAAAGUCCCACUUCGACCCGACCACCGUCAAGAACUUUGCGGCCAAGUACAACAUCGAGAAACAUCUCAUCGCGCAGGCGACGCUCAGCCCGCAGAGAAUGACCUACACGAUCCUGCGCCCCGUCACCUUCUUUGAGAAUCUGACUCCUGACAUCCAUGGAAGAGGAUUCACCCGCAUGUGGGAGCAGCUCGGCCCCAAGAAACUCCAGUUCGUCGCCACGGCUGACAUUGGCUGGUUUGCUGCCAGCAGCUUUCUUGAUCCCACUGGCCAUGCCGGAUCUGCGAUCACGAUCGCUGGAGAUGAGCUGACGCAGUCCGAAGCCGACGCUACUUUCAAGGAGGUGACUGGCCAGCCCAUGCCCAUCGGCCCUUGCGUGAUAGCAAAUGCGGUGAAGCUGGUGCUCAGGGAUACCGCGGGCGACAUGUGUACCCGUCUAUCAAGGACUUUCGAGCCUGGAUCGAAGAAAACAAAGGAAAGUGGUGAGCUUUGAGCAUUGAAGGACUAGGAAUUGGAGCCAUAAUUAGCGUGUCUGAGAGACGAGGCGCGGAAGAUACUGUGUCUAAUAAUUGGAAUGCAUGUUUUAUAUUUGAUUUAAUGUCGCUUCGUAUAUUUUGUCCUUUAUAUACGCUG